CUGGUAGCCGCCCUCCCGGUGAGACGGACUGUGGUCCACAUCAAUAGUCGAGAGGCCGAAUUCAGAGGUGACCAUUGGCACAUUGGCACUCUGCAUAGUGGGCGGGCGUUGCUAUGUAGCAUGUUUGAUUGCGUCUCACAAUAGCGGGGUAUAGCUAAGUUUGUGGCAAAGAAUAGGGAAAGCUGGGCAGUGCAACUAGAACGAAUGAAUGCGUGCAUGAACGUUAGAAAGGGAAUUUCAACUGGGAUUUUUUCCACGGGGACAAGACAAGAGCAGGCCCUCUCGCUCGGCACUGACGACUGCCCCCUCCCCCUCCACACAGAAAUACAGCAGUAGCAUCCGCCUGCGCUGAAGAUGUCGGAUAAUGGGGAAGUGGAGGACAAGCCGCCCGCACCACCCAUGAGGAACACCAGCACCAUGAUCGGAGCCGGGGGCAAAGACGCCGCCCCACUGAACCACGGCUCCAAGCCCCUGCCCCCCAACCCCGAGGACAAGAAGAAGAAGGAACGCUCCAUCCGCUCCAUCCUCACUGGAGGAGGGGACAAGACCAAUAAGAAGAAGGAGCGCCCGGAGAUCUCCCUCCCGUCGGACUUUGAGCACACCAUCCAUGUGGGAUUCGACGCCGUCACUGGAGAGUUCACGGGCAUGCCAGAGCAGUGGGCUCGGCUGCUGCAGACUUCCAACAUCACCAAACUGGAGCAGAAGAAGAACCCGCAGGCCGUUCUGGAUGUUCUCAAGUUCUACGACUCCAAAGAGACAGCCAACAGCCAGAAGUACAUGAGCUUCACAGAUAAAAGCUCAGACAAUUACAACUCCUCGGCAGCCGUGAAUUCCAAGGCGGUGUCAGAAACCCCCGCUGUGGCCACUGUCUCAGAGGACGAUGACGAAGAUGAGGCCACUCCGCCACCUGUGAUCGCCCCCAGACCGGAACACACAAAGUCGAUAUACACGCGCUCGGUAAUUGACCCCCUCCCUCCACCGCCGACCAAAGAUGCCGCCACCUCGCCCAUCUCGCCCCCGUCGGCCGAGAGCAGUAGCCCCACCCCCACCCCCUCCUCCACAACCCCGCGCAGCGCUGACAAGACCCGCAAGAAGACCAAGAUGACCGACGAGGAGAUCCUGGAGAAGCUGCGGAGUAUCGUCAGUGUGGGUGACCCUAAGAAGAAGUACACACGCUUUGAGAAGAUCGGUCAGGGGGCGUCUGGAACAGUUUACACAGCAAUAGACAUUGCCACUGGACAGGAGGUGGCCAUCAAACAGAUGAACCUCCAGCAGCAGCCCAAGAAGGAGCUGAUCAUCAACGAGAUCCUGGUCAUGAGGGAAAACAAGAACCCCAACAUUGUAAAUUACCUGGACAGUUACCUGGUGGGCGAUGAGCUGUGGGUGGUGAUGGAGUACCUGGCUGGAGGCUCACUGACCGACGUGGUGACCGAGACGUGCAUGGACGAGGCACAGAUCGCCGCAGUGUGCCGCGAGUGUCUUCAGGCUCUGGAGUUCCUGCACUCGAACCAGGUGAUCCACAGAGACAUCAAGAGUGACAACAUCCUGCUGGGCAUGGACGGCUCAGUCAAACUCACUGACUUUGGCUUCUGCGCCCAGAUCACCCCUGAGCAGAGCAAGCGCAGCACCAUGGUGGGGACGCCUUACUGGAUGGCGCCGGAGGUGGUGACGCGGAAGGCCUACGGGCCCAAAGUGGACAUCUGGUCUCUGGGCAUCAUGGCCAUCGAGAUGAUCGAGGGAGAGCCGCCCUAUCUCAACGAGAACCCACUCAGGGCGCUGUAUCUCAUAGCAACCAAUGGCACCCCAGAGCUGCAGAACCCAGAGAAGCUGUCGGCGGUGUUCAGAGACUUCCUGAACCGCUGUCUUGAGAUGGACGUCGAGAAGAGAGGCUCUGCUAAGGAGCUUUUACAGCACCAGUUCCUGAAGGUGGCUAAGCCACUGUCCAGUCUCACUCCGCUUAUCCUGGCGGCCAAAGAGGCGGCCAAGAACAACCGUUAAACUCCCUCCCCCCUUCUCUGGAGCACACAACCACCAACACCACCACCCCACCCUCUCUGUCUCCUCCAGCCUCUCUUUCUCUCCCUCUCUCAACCUCUUCCUCUAUCUGUCCAUCAUUGGGGGGUGGGCCCUUGUGUGGAGGUUGUGAGAACGUACCCUUCCUGUGAAUGCCACCUUUGGGGUGUGUGAGGUGGCCAGGCCCUGGAAGGCCACAGCAGAGGCGCAGAGAGAUGACAUCACGGAGACAUGAAGGACCUCGCUGGGGACAUGAAUGGUACUCCAGACCCAAAUGACUUUAAGGGGAGGACUGGCUUGUAACUGGCUUUUACAAACAAAGCAUAUAUCCUCCUGCUUCUCCCCACAUCACUGACUUUCUUUGGGUUCUGGGAUUUCAUUUGAACAUCUCUCUCUCUCUAUCUAUCUGUCAGUCUCUCUCUGGCUCUCUCUUUCUUCCCUUUAAGUUCAUUUUUUUUUGUUUUGUUUUGUUUGCCUGAAUGUCUGUAUGUAAGACCAGAAGUCUAUUUGUCUGUUUUAAUGUACUGUAUUGAAAGUGCUUUUUUGUCAGUUCUGUUUUACUUGCUUUUUUAAAAAAAUGAAAAUACUAUUUUCUUCUGGGUUCGAUUGUAGAAUAGUGGAGCUGGGGAUAUGAUUCUGGUACAGGUCUGUGACCAUUACUUCGUGAAAAUUGUAAAACACUUUCUUGGGAAUGAUUCUGGUACUGAAAUGAAAGUGGUGCGCAUGUCUUUUUAAGAAAAUAAACUAUUGAUUUGGAUAAUAAUACAAAAUGAGAAUAAUAAUAAUCUAAGUUAUGGUACAUGAAGGAUGCCUGUUUAUGAAAUAGAGACCGAGUCAGUUAUGUCAGGUAAUGCAAACGGUUUAAUGUUUUAUCUGACAGACCUGACACCAUCCUUUCCUCUGAAAAUGUGUAUAUUUUCUUUGUUGACUGGCUCAAAGCAGACAGAAAAACAGUUAAAAUUCAUUACAGUCUUUGUAUAGUUUUGAGUGUGAGAAUGUGUGUGUGAGAAUGUGUGUGUGAGAGUGUGUGUGUGUAUGUGUGAGUGUGUGUCAGCAUGCAUUUGUGUGUGUGAGUGUGUGGGGUCACAGAAAUUUAAUAGAAAAUGUUGAUGUUUCCAAACCCAAAUGCUUUAAGCGAGUUUCUUUUUUUAUGUAGCGUUAUUGUACCUUUUGGCCUUAAAAACUGUUUCACAGAAUGCAAGACUGUUUAUUACACGAGUUCACGCUGAGCCUCCUCAUCCUCAUUUGGACUAAUGAACCUAGGAGAUGAAGAGUGGCUUGGCAGGCUUGUGAAAUAAACAGUCUUGUUUAUCCUGUGUACUUGAGCCAUACACUCUCUUGUUUCUAAAGUCAUUUUGAUUCCAGUGAAGAUUCUCAACUGACAUGGGACAAAAUAAACUCUCCGAAGGUUUC